UUCAGGAGUUACCUACAUAUUUCUAGCAUUGGUACUUCUAUGGUGGAUAUGCUGAUGGCUGAUGAGCCCUAUGAAGACUAUAAAUAAUGAUUGGACAUACUCCAGUGCCAUCCAUUGCAGGCUUUUUAUGCUAACUAUGUUCAUCUGCAGUACUUGGAAUCAAAUGCUAUCUAAGUAGUGAAAAAGGCAUAUAAGCAAUAAGCAUGACAAUGCCAAGCAAGAGACUAGCAGAGUACUUCUUCAUUUGUGGCAUUAAUUAUUCAAAAGGACUUCAGAAUGACACAGUGGCAGCGGACGCCAGCGUGCAGCAGAGUCCCCUGGAGCGCGCCUACACGGCCGACAUCAUCGGCCACUACCCGGAGACACGAACAGAGCCCGUGUUCGAUCCAGACGCCACGCGGAUGCUGGCGCUGCCGCGCGGUCUCCAGUUCCGCACCCAGAAGCACAGCCUGUCGCCGUCGUUCCACAGCUUCAUCAUCACGCGGGAGGACGGCAGCAGGCUCUACGGCUUCGCCUACACGUUCUUCGAGCGGGUGGACGACCGGGCCACCUGCGACACCAUGCACACGCUGCAGUCGCAGUACCUGGCCGAGAUGUCGAGCGGCAAGGCCACGCAGCAGCAGCAGCAGCAGACCUCGUCCCGCUCGCUGCCGCGCCACUUCAAGCUGGCCACCAAGCUGACCACGCACGCACAGAGCUACUACGACGUGGCCAAGGACCAGCUGUACGUCUGCAAGUGCAUCGGCCUGCUGAUGAGCCAGCCGUACCUGCACGUGGCGCGCGUGUUCCUCAGUCGGCUCUACAGGCACUCUCGGUCUCCGACCAGCUGCCUGCCGCUGGAGUCGUACGUGUGCCAGCUGCUGUUCGGUGUGUCGGUGCCGCCGCCGGGCCGCAGCGUGCGGCUGCCGCUGCUGGGCGCCGACGCCGUCCUGCAGCGGCCCACCGUGGCUGAGCUGCCCGUGUUCGAGUACCCCAUCCGACAGCUGUUCGCCGCCGUCGGAGUGGAGAAGGUUAUACAGAUCGUCUCCUGUCUGCUGCUGGAACAUCAGAUCGUGCUGUACGCGCAUGACCCGUACAAGCUGAUGCUGGUGUCCGAGUCUCUGUGCGCGCUGCUGUUUCCGUUCAGCUGGCCCCACGUCUACGUUCCCGUGCUGCCGGCCUCACUGGCGCAUUUCCUGGAUGCGCCCGUGCCGUACCUGAUGGGUGUGACGUACGGCGCUACACGGCCCAGUCAGGAGGACGGGGCGGCGAACGCGUGUCUGCUGGAUCUGGAGAGUGACGUGCUGCUGCUGCCGGAGGAGCUGCCUCAGUUCCCCAGCCGGCAGGAGCUGGUGCUGGAGCUGACGGAGACGCUGGCCAGGUUCAACGUGCACACCCAGCAUUUGGAUAGGAACUGUAACGAGCGCAGUCGGUCAGCGGGGACGGUGGAGCGGCGGCCGCGGCGCCGGAAACCCUCCUGGACGGAGGCGGAGAGCGCCGCGCCGACCGUGCCGUCUGCGGCGGACGGAGACCCGGCCGCGCCGGCGCCGGCCGCGCCCGGCCCGGCCGCUGCCAACUCCGAGAUGUACCCGGGACAGAUGGAGAGCAUGCGGCGCAUCACACAGCUGGCCAGGGACGCAGGUCUGGAUCUGGAGAAGCUGUCGUCCUUGAAGUCGUCUGCCCGCCGACUCUCUGAUGAUGACCAGUACAUUGAGGAUCAAAAGUGCAACAACGCCGUGCGCGAGAUCUUCCUCAACCGAUUCGUACACAUAUUCCACACGUACGAGCACUUCGUCAUUCAGCCCGAUCAGGACAUGGAGUCGUGGCUCUACAACCGCGAGUCGAUGCAGAACUUCGACAAGGUGACGUUCCUCUCGGACCAGCCGCACCAGGACCUGCCCUUCUUGUCGCGCUUCAUCGAGACGCAGCUGUUCUGCUCGCUGAUCGACAACAAAAUCCUGGCCAACUGGGGCGAGGUGGACGCGGCACUGAGGGUCUUUGACUCGCGCAUCAGGAGGAUCAAGUCGGAGAGCGAGGGUCUGGUGCGCACUCCCUCUUACGAGCGCUGCUGUACCAUCGCCGAGACGGAGCGGGUGUUGGAGCGUCGGCUGCGCUGCCCGGAGCUGGAGGCGCCGCCGCCGCCGCCGCUGGAGGUUCCCGCCGACGGCCGCAGCUGUCUGAGUGGCCGGUUCCCGCGGCUGGACGCCGCUCUGGUGGCCGCCGGCGCCGCCGAACACGACAGCGGCGGUGACCAGGAGUCGGCGUCGACGCUGCUCCGUCGGGAGCGGCAGCGCGUCAUCUCGGAGGCGCGCCAGCAGCUGCAGAACCCCGCCCCGCUCAUCGCCAACACCUCGCUGGCCGCCAUGCGAGAGAACAACUGGAAGUUCGUCGAACAGGCGCUCAAGGAGUGUAAGAGCAGGACGAAGCGUAUGCUGGUGGAGAAGAUGGGCACCGAGGCGGCCGCGCUCGGACACGGGGAGCUCAGUCUGGUCGGAGUCGAGGAGAACACACUGAUCGCGUCUCUGUGUGACCUCAUGGAGCGUAUCUGGAGCCACGGCCUGCAGAGCAAACAGGGCAAGUCGUCACUGUGGUCCCACCUUCUAAACUACCAGGAGCUGGAGUCUUGUAAGGACGCCUCGCAGCCGAUCGACCCCAACUUCCUCAGCCCCGCCGAGCCGGAGCCGCCGGCGCCACCCGCGCUGCCCGACCCGCCCAGUCUCGGUGACCUGCUGACUACACUGCGCUCCGGGAAUAUUGCCGAGGUCGUCAGUCAGAUAGCCGACAGUAUAGACCUGUCGUCGAUGUCUCUGGAGCCCGACUCGGCGCCCUCCUCCCCGUCUCGUCUGUCGCGGGGCGCCUCGCGCGGCAGCGGCGGCGGGGACGGACCGCGGCAGACACCGACCGCGCCGGACCCGCUCAAACCGCUGCCGGUGGCCAUCACUUUCGACAUGAGGAACGUGCUGGCGAUGAGUGAGAUCAAGACUGAGAUUGGUUACGCGCGCGCCUGGGUGCGGCUCUCGCUGGAGAAGAAGCUGCUCUCGAAGCACCUGAGGGCUCUCCUUUCAGAUAAUGAGCUGCUCAGGAGUUUGUACAAGAGGUACGCCUUCCUCCGUUCGGAGGAGGAGCGCGAACAGUUCCUGUGCCAUCUGCUCUCACUCAAUGCCGUCGACUACUUUUGUUUCACCACCUCCUACCCUAAUACUGUGAUUACCUACCGUGUGGUGAUAUUCACCACCAAGAAGACGUCGGCGGCCACGACCACUGCCAACGCCUGGGUGCGCGUCUCGGGCGCACUGCGGGAGACGGGCCCGCUGCCGCUGCCCAAGGGCGGACGCUGCGCCAUCUUCAAGCACAAGAACCUGGGCCUGCUGACCACCGUCCAGCUGGGCCACGACAACACGGGCAUGUCACCCAACUGGCUGGUGGAGCACGUGGUGGUGCGUAACGAGGUGACUGGCCAACUGUACCGGUUCGCCUGCGGCCGCUGGCUGGGCCGCAGUAUCGACGACGGCAGCACGGAGCGCGUACUGGUCGGAGAGCCGGUGCCCGCGGACGUGCCGGUCGGCCAGCUGAGCUCCCAGUGCAGUACGCCGCCGCGCUGCCGCAGCCCCAGCGUGCCGCGGAGGAGCCAGCCGGACGCCAGCAGCGUGCAGCACGCCCUAGGUGACGCAGUGAACACGAUCGUCAAGUACUUCCACCGUCCGGAGAAGGAGCGCGGCUCUCUGACCCGGCUGCUGUGCGGCGAGUGCGGCCUGGUGCCCUGUCUGGAGCAGGUGUUCUCUUACGGCUACCGCUCCAGCCGGCUGUUUGGCAAAAACUUCUACCUCUGGGACUACCUCGGCCGGGUGCAGCUGGUGCUGGAGUCGGAGUUUCUGGACCGGGAGGGCGAGCUGCCGGCCGAGCUGGCCACCAAGGUAGCCAUCUGCCGACUGGUGUUUGAAAUCGACCAGGCCGGACAGGCCAUGGGCAAGGACGAUAAGUUCCAGGUCUGGCUGCUUAUCGCCAUCAGGGAUCGCCAGCUGCCGGCGUUCGUCGAGGAGCUGGCUGCGUGCGCCGUCACGCAGCAGAUGUACGACGAGGCGUCGUUCCUGCGCGACCCCGAGCUCACCUCGUUCCUGGUGCAGAUCCUCACCUCACUGCACGAGUACGACCUCGUGCUUGAGCGCUCGCUCACCCGCGGAGUCAAGGUGGGGCGCGUCAAGCGCUACCGCGGACGGACCAAUCAACAGCCGGCGCGGCGCAGCUAGACCAAUCGGCGACCGGGCCGCGCCCGCUGCGCCAAUCAGCUGCCGCGGUUGAGCCGGCGGACCAAUCAGCGGCCGCCGUCGGACCGCUCGACCAAUGAGCGUCGCUGGGAGUCAGCAGCUGUGACGUCGGAGCAGCUGGAACAGAGGACAGAUUCAGAGAGCGCUGUAGGGGCAGACGGCAUCCCAUGACAGGGGGGGGGGGAGAGGGGAUUGGGUCAGAUGUUAGCACUCGGAAUGGGUUAGGGCAUCCGGCAGUCUGUAACCGGUAACCCAACUAGGUAGGGUUGCGCCAUGUUACAGAUCGUGACAAUAAUUAAUGUAUAGGAUGUUAUUAUACCAGACCAUAUUCCGUCAAGUUAUGGGUUAUUUUACGUGUUGAGCUGACCGGCAGGUGUUGUUUAGUUCCCGUUGAGUCCGUAGCGCCGGUGGCUGUUAGCUGUUUUGUGGGGACAUUACAGUACAAACAUUGGUCAAGUGGCGGUCCGCCGUUCGGUCAUAUUGACUCGACUCUGCGGGCCCGCCCGGCCCGCCCGGGACGCUGGUCCGCCGGGCGACAUGGAGGGGGCAGCAGAGUAACGCACAGAGGGACUACGGGACGUGAUAUUAUCCAAAGAUCAACCGGAACAGAGGAGCUUGUCGCUGUCGAGUCGCAGAGUCUGUGUAUAGUUUUCAUUGUAUGUCUUUCGUGUCGAACACUGCAUGGGUGCACCCAUGAACGCCAAUCAAGCUCUGCAAUAACCGACUGAUUUAACUUGUGUUCGACGGUGGUACCGUGCAGUGACUCGACUUCUCAGUUCUCGGACUCGUUUGAGGGAUAGUUUGAUGGCAUCUGUUGGGUCUCGCGCGCGUCGCACAGUGGUGGGUAUUGGUCUUCGUGCGUAUACGUCAGGGUAUGUAUAUCGUUACCAGAUUAGCUCGAACUGAGGCAGUCGCGCGGUGCAUAGCUCUAUAGCGUCUAUGGUCCGGGCGGAGACCGUCUAGGUUUGGCGUCCUAGUCUAGUAUUGGGAGGCUUUAUUAGCAGCUAACCGGGCCGGCGGCUGGACGCGCUCGGGUGUAUCUCAAUCUCGGGCCUGCCGGCCGGCCCACGUCCCAUGAACGCGGUGCCGCGUGGUGACGCGCCCUACCGCCCCGCUGUGACGGUGAUAAUUCCUUGCGAUCUCGACUGGCGUGCGCCUGUACCGCGCGCGGCGCAGUGUACCCGGUACCGGCCCGGGUACUGCGUACUGGAGGCUGCAUGCCGUCCGCCCGUCCCCUCUCGUCCGCGCGGCAUAAUACACCGUGUGGGUACCGAACCCGGCGGCCCAGCGGGCGCUUACGGAGCCCGCGCGCGCCUCAGCGGGCCCGCGUCCUCGCCAAUUCGUCAGUGGUAUCUUGCCGAGCUGGGCUGUAUAGUCUCUCUUGAAAGUAUCGCGUCAGGGGCUGCGGCGGCUCGGCGAACUAUUCCAUUCAGUUUGGGGACCCCAGCAGUGAGGUCAUGGCCUGUAUCAUAAGAAGUACGCUGUAACACGAUUCUACGCCAGCGGUAGCAGGAAAACUGCUAUAUGACGCAGGCACCAGCGGCUGACAACUGGGUCAAAACAGGCAGAGGCCGGCCAGAGAUCAUGCUCGUAUCGCUCUUCCUUGACCCCAUCCACCGCCCCAGGCGGACACCGGCGCCGCUUGGGCUCACCAGCCGGGCGCUCGUUGGUCUGCCUUAGUGGGCGCCUAUCAGUGUGCGUGACGCGAAAAUCACAUCAAAGCAAAGUUCCGCCAUAAUCCUACUGUAAAGAGGCCUGCUGAACGACGUCAACAGGUCAUGAGGGGGGGGGGGAGGGCAGCCUGGCAUCAAAUAAGGCUUUUAAAAAGAAGACGGCUGAACAGUAAACAUUUUUUUUGUCGCCGCUCACUAACCAGCUCAUUAAAAAGAGAGAACUCCAAAUAUAGGACUAAUUGGCUAGAGAGCGAAUUGGCGAAUUGGCUAGAGAGAGAGAGAACUUUUGUUGUUUUUUUUUAACCCGCUCGCGGGUGCGUCUGCAACCACGGAUGCAUUCUGUUAGCGGGUGCAAGUGAGUGCAACCGAUGUUUUUUUCGUAUUCGGGCACGGGUUUCCGGAUUUUACAACAAAAAUAUGUGACAGUCGUGCCGAUGACGGCUGAAAUGAUUAACUUUGCAAUGAAACAAGCUCAACAAAUCCUCUGCAAGUAGGUCGGCUUCCGUUGACUACAUGCUUACUGCCAUCACCAGUUAGAGGACGGCGACUCCCACCUCCCCCUAUCCCUCCGCAGUCCGUAACCACUCCCCUCGGCCCGCCGCGCCGGCUGCCUCCGCGUGUCGGGCUUCGGUCAGUGCUACCAGCGGCUCUCAAACCUUUCCGCUCAACCGCGGCUGGGACAGGCAGCGCCUUCCCUCAGAGUCGCGAUACUUUCAAGAGAGACUAUACUCGGGGACCGUGCGGGGUCUCGCUGGUUCCAUUUGUUAGCCGUCUACAUAUGCGUCGUUCUCACGAGGAAUACAGCUAUGUGUAACUGGC